CUCGUCUCCAAUGUCCUCAUUUUCUCCUGCACCAACAUCGUGGGUGUGUGCACCCACUACCCGGCUGAGGUCUCGCAGAGACAGGCCUUCCAGGAGACCCGGGAGUGCAUCCAGGCGCGGCUCCACUCGCAGCGGGAGAACCAGCAGCAGGAGCGGCUCCUGCUGUCUGUCCUUCCCCGUCACGUCGCCAUGGAGAUGAAAGCAGACAUCAAUGCCAAACAGGAGGAUAUGAUGUUCCAUAAGAUUUACAUCCAGAAACAUGACAACGUGAGCAUCCUGUUUGCUGACAUCGAGGGUUUCACCAGCCUGGCAUCUCAGUGCACUGCCCAGGAGCUGGUCAUGACCCUCAACGAGCUCUUCGCCCGCUUCGACAAGCUGGCUGCGGAGAAUCACUGUUUACGUAUUAAGAUCCUGGGAGAUUGUUAUUACUGUGUCUCAGGGCUGCCUGAAGCCAGGGCUGACCAUGCCCACUGCUGCGUGGAGAUGGGCAUGGACAUGAUCGAGGCCAUCUCGCUGGUCCGGGAGGUGACAGGUGUGAACGUGAACAUGCGUGUGGGAAUUCACAGCGGGAGAGUGCACUGCGGUGUCCUUGGCCUCCGGAAGUGGCAGUUCGAUGUCUGGUCUAACGAUGUCACGCUGGCCAACCACAUGGAGGCUGGAGGCAAGGCGGGACGCAUCCACAUCACCAAGGCCACACUCAACUACUUGAAUGGUGACUACGAGGUGGAGCCAGGCUGUGGGGGCGAGCGCAACGCCUACCUCAAGGAGCACAGUAUCGAGACCUUUCUCAUCCUGCGCUGCACCCAGAAGCGGAAAGAAGAGAAGGCCAUGAUUGCCAAGAUGAACCGUCAGAGAACCAACUCCAUCGGGCACAACCCGCCUCACUGGGGGGCCGAGCGCCCUUUCUACAACCACCUGGGUGGCAACCAGGUGUCCAAGGAGAUGAAGCGGAUGGGCUUUGAAGACCCCAAGGACAAGAACGCCCAGGAAAGUUCGAACCCUGAGGAUGAAGUGGAUGAAUUUCUGGGCCGUGCCAUUGAUGCCAGGAGCAUCGACAGGCUGCGAUCUGAACAUGUUCGCAAGUUCCUCUUGACCUUCAGGGAGCCUGACUUAGAGAAGAAGUACUCCAAGCAGGUGGAUGACCGAUUCGGUGCCUACGUGGCAUGUGCCUCACUCGUCUUCCUCUUCAUCUGCUUUGUCCAGAUCACCAUCGUGCCCCACUCCGUGUUCAUGUUGAGUUUCUACCUGACCUGUUUCCUGCUGCUGACCUUGGUGGUGUUUGUGUCCGUGAUCUAUUCUUGCGUGAAGCUCUUCCCGGCCCCGCUGCAGACCCUCUCCAGGAAGAUCGUGCGGUCCAAGAUGAACAGCACCCUGGUGGGGGUGUUCACCAUCACCCUCGUGUUCCUGUCAGCUUUUGUCAACAUGUUCACGUGCAACUCCAAGGACCUGUUUGGCUGCCUGGGGGACGAGCACAACAUCAGUGCCAGUCAGGUCAACGCAUGCCAUGUGGUGGAGUCGGCCGUCAACUACAGUCUGGGUGAUGAGCAGGGCUUCUGCGGCAGCUCCUGGCCCAACUGCAACUUCCCCGAGUACUUCACCUACAGUGUGCUGCUCAGCCUGCUGGCCUGCUCCGUGUUCCUGCAGAUCAGCUGCAUCGGGAAGCUGGUGCUCAUGCUGGCCAUCGAGCUCAUCUACGUGCUCGUCGUUGAGGUGCCCGGUGUCACGCUCUUUGACAAUGCCGACUUACUGGUCACAGCCAACGCCAUAGACUUCAACAACAACGGGACCUCCCAGUGCCCUGAGCACCCAACCAAGGUGGCGCUGAAGGUGGUGACGCCCAUCAUCAUCUCCGUCUUCGUUCUGGCCCUGUACCUGCACGCCCAGCAGGUGGAGUCCACCGCCCGCCUCGACUUCCUCUGGAAACUUCAGGCCACAGAGGAGAAGGAGGAGAUGGAGGAGCUGCAGGCCUACAACCGGCGGCUGCUGCACAAUAUUCUACCCAAGGACGUGGCAGCACACUUCCUGGCCCGCGAACGGCGCAACGACGAGCUCUACUAUCAGUCGUGCGAGUGCGUGGCCGUCAUGUUCGCCUCCAUCGCCAACUUCUCCGAGUUCUACGUGGAACUGGAGGCCAACAACGAGGGCGUCGAGUGCCUGCGGCUGCUCAACGAGAUCAUCGCAGACUUUGACGAGAUCAUUAGUGAGGACCGGUUCAGGCAGCUGGAAAAGAUCAAGACCAUUGGCAGCACCUACAUGGCCGCCUCGGGACUCAAUGACUCCACCUACGACAAGGUGGGCAAGACCCACAUCAAAGCCCUGGCCGACUUUGCCAUGAAGUUGAUGGACCAGAUGAAGUACAUCAACGAGCACUCUUUCAACAACUUCCAGAUGAAGAUCGGGCUCAAUAUUGGCCCCGUGGUGGCGGGCGUGAUCGGAGCCCGCAAGCCUCAGUAUGACAUCUGGGGCAAUACAGUGAACGUGGCUAGCCGCAUGGACAGCACCGGUGUGCCCGACCGCAUCCAGGUCACCACAGACAUGUACCAGGUGCUGGCCGCCAACACGUACCAGCUGGAGUGCCGGGGUGUGGUCAAGGUCAAGGGCAAAGGCGAGAUGAUGACCUACUUCCUCAACGGAGGGCCCCCGCCCAGUUAGCAGCCACCGCGGACGCCAGGCAGCCUGGCCUCCAGAGACACGGAGGAAGCCUCGCUCCAGCCCGCGAGGCCGCCCUGAGAUUUUCCACUUUGACUCCAGAAGCAGCCUCUGCCUUUGCGGGCGGGAGGGCUGGCGGUCUCCGUCUAAGGCCCGGGGUGCCAGCGUCCUGCGAGCACCAAGCUGACCAAAGAUGUCUCCCUUUGUUGAAGGCGCCGCCACAUGGGGUCGGAACCUCGAGUUUUCUGACUGAAGGGAGCUGCCGCGCGCGGAGAGGAGCGGCAGGAGGGAUCGGGCUCUGCAGGGCAGGCCGCCUGGGCGCAGGGCCGCGGAGCUCGGCCUCCGGCGGGCGGGAGGCGGCGCCACUCUGGCCCGGGCCUGGGGCUGCUUUUCUAUGUGAGCCUUUACACUUCAGACCGAGGCAGCGGCUCUGCAGGCCUCGGCAGGAGUGCUAGCUUUUGGAUGGACCGUGGCCUUCAACGCGGGCCCCUCCCACAAUCCACAGCCGGUGCCCCUGGAGGGGGCAGAACUAACUGCGAGGGGGAGGCCAGAGGACUCGGAGCAAGGAGUGGUGGUUCUGAGAAAAAAAGAAAAUAUUUAUUAAAUAAAACAAAACACGUUUCUGUGCCCUUCUUUAGACCAUGCUAGUUGUAUGCGUGUAAGAGACCCACAAGCAAACCAGGAUGCCACUGGGGAGGGAGGGCAGGGAUCCCAACUUGUCUUUUUGUAUUUUUUAUUUUGUAUUAUUGAAAACCUUGGAGAUCUAACAAAUAUACCAAAUUCUAUAUUUUGUAAAUUCUCUAUAUUAGAAAACAGCUGUGCACAGCAGGGCGUUCGUGCUCAUUUGUACUGUAUGUAUGUUGAUGUAUGUACUGGAGUGUGUGUGCGUGUGUAUGUAUGUGUGUGUUUAUGCUGUGGAACUGGUCUCAUUCAGGACACCUGUUUCCCUCAACUCAGAUUUUCCCAGGUCCAACCAUAGCAGUGAGUGUGUCCUUUUGGGGUACCAUAUGUAGGAAGAUGCAUGCACACAUUACCCCAUCUUUCUCCCUGUCUCUCUCUCUCACACACACACACACACAAACGUGUCACCUCUCUUAAGUAAAAUGCAAACAGAAUAUAAAGAAAACAAAAGCCUCUUUCCCAUCUCAGGCCGAGCUGGAGUCAAGGGAAGCAGCUUCAACCCAUGGCAGACAGCCGGGCCUCCUUCCACCCUUCUGCUCUCAGAGAUGUCAGCUUUUGCUUUGGGCAGAGAGGCACCCUGAGAGCUCAGCUGGUGUGGGGGUGUGGGGAAGGCUGGGCUGCCUGGCUUCCUAUGCUGGCCAAGGUGCAGGCAUCUCUCUCUGGAGCUCAUCCCUCAGGCAAGGAAAGGAUGGUGUCUUUGCUCUCCAUCUACAAACCAGACAGAGGAAAGAGUGGAGGCCAAUCCAUGGGCCAAAGCCAGCAGAAACUUCGUUUUGUCUGAUUUCAUUUGGGGGGUGGGAGCAGUCAAAUAUACCAAGAAAAAUUGCUAUUUUUUAUGUCCUAUGAGGGAGGAAUUUGGAAAAUGAUAUACUGUCAUACAGACCUUAUUCAAACAGAAUCCUUGGGUCCUGUGCCCAGAUCUCUUCACUCUGUCUCAGGGCAGCAUUAUUCUCGCCUCCCAUGUGAGCUUGAAGGAGGUGAGGAGGCAGCUAUAUGCCAGCUGCAAAAUGUUACUUUGACACCCCCCUGCACCACCUCUCAGUGGACACUAGCCCCGCCCUCCCCUUUCUACACACCACCUCCCACUCCAAUCAAACACAAUUCUGAGAAGCAAAGCUUAUGGGCCUAACACUGGCAGCCUUAGUCUAUCUGUGCUUUUGCUGCUCCAUCCUCUGAAUUCUGCAUCACCCCUCUUGCAUCUGUCACAAGGGGCUGGCAUUCUCCAUGGUGUUGUAUUCGAGUCCCUGACCUCUCCAUACGGCCCGCCAGUGGUGCUGGGUUUUCAUUUGGCUCCCAACCUGAGUAAUGUGUGUGCUGGUUUCUCCAUUGUUUCCCCUGUUGGUCAUGGCCUCCCUGGCCUUGUGGGGCCCUCCCACCCAUCCCGGCAGUGACUGGUGACCACGUGCAGUGCUAGCUCUUCAUUCCCUCCAAGGGGUGUGCACUCUUUUUAUCCCUGCUCUUGCAAAAAUGAAUACAAUUAUGAUUUCCCAUGGAAAUGGAAAAGUCUAUUUAAAUAAUUUAACUAUUAAACACUUUCACUGGUAA